AUGCCUGGCGGUCUCCAUCCCCCCAUCGAGGUCACGGCGUCGUGGCCCAAAUCCAACUAUGCCAACCCAGAAAUGCGACCAAACACUAUCACUCUACUGGCCUACAUAGGCGGGCCUAUUACGAUACCCGUCAUUGCUUUGACAGUCUUGUAUCCUCUCUGUAGCAUGCAAACCUUUGAUCGACACAUCUGGGAUAUCGACUACCUGCGUGACCCUGAGAGAGUAGUCACUGCGCGCAAGAUUCUUCUGGCCAUAGAAUGCUUGUUCUGUGUCGCCUCCGGUCUCAUCAAGAUAUCAAUCCUCCUAUUCUACCGACGGCUUUCAGCGCGUGCGGUGUCGAGAGCUUUCGUCUAUACAACCUGGAUCUGCAUUGGUUUCAUCGUCGCAUACAGUAUCGCUCUUACACUCGCUCCCAUCCUCGGUUGCCAGCCAAUCUCGGCGUUUUGGGAUCAAGUCAACGUCUUGAAAGUAUUGGGAGGUUAUGAGUACCAGUGCUUUGACGAAGGUGCCGACGUAGUGGCUGCCAGCGUCAUCUCAGCUUCCCAGGACUUCAUUACAGCCAUCCUUCCCACCUUUCUCUACUGGAAUCUCAAGAUCCCUAUCAAACAAAAGCUGGCUCUGUUUGGUAUCUUUGCCAUUGGUUACGGUGUUGUCGCGCUGGGACUUUUGCGUGCGUACUACAGUUGGUAUACCUUUUACAACACGUACGAUAUCACUUGGUCAACGUGGAAUAUCCUACUUACCUCGAUGCUGGAGUUGCACAUUGGCUGUCUGUGUGCCAAUGCUCCCUCUUUCAAGGUAUUCUUCAAGCACUUCUUCCAGGAAAAGCUCGCAUCGCUUCCAAAGCCCAAGUCACCUUCGGGCUGCAAGGAACGCCAGGACAGCGGGCACGGCGGAUCGGCACGCGUCAAUACAACCGGCUUGUGGAGCAAACUGGCUUCAAAGUUCUCCAUCAGCAGUGGAUCACACAACUCCAGUGGAUACCUCGACUCGCAUACUGGCAUGUCAGUAGACAACCAGGGUGGCGUUCAUAUCCACAAGGAGAUACAGAUAACGCACUCUCCAAUGAGUACCUUGGAGUCUAUGGGAAACCGACACAUGUCGUCGCUCACCGCCGACAUCAUUUGCGACCGUGACUACGACGAUAUCGAACUCGGUCGCUACACUACCGGUCACAACUCUCGUACAUCCAGCAUGCGCACUACUCUGCUUGUCAAUGAGUGCGACGCGGAAAGACUCCCACCAUUGCCCCUAUCUCCUGCUUCGCCCAUGUCACCAACGUCACCCACACCAAGCGACUUUGCCAUACAUCAUGUCCCACAAAACAUGAUUGGCCAGGCAAUAUCCACAUUUCCCGUGGCCAGAGAUCAGAGUAGAUCCGAGAGGCGCCUGACGCCUUUCCCAGCCAUUGGCCCGGAGGGGGGAUUCAGCAAAAAGGAAGAUGGCCAUGUCAGCUCACGCACCGAGGUAUGUAUUUCGGCAAAAUCUCGGAGCUUUUCACCUGCCCAAGACACGCAGCAGCAAAAUCAUCACAGCAUCUUCCUUGCCAUCAAAACCGUCAUCCUGACCAUCUCCGUGGCCGUGCGAUGGUCUUUCGGAGCCUUUUCCGCGACGUUAUCCGUCACGAUACUUGUUCCAAAACAGGAAGGUGCAGCCACCAGCGACGCAAAAACUGCGCGAUGCCCCAACGCAGACACGGCCGAGAGCAUGUCUUUACACAUAAUCAACGCCCGCGCACCUAAGAACCUAAGACUCAGGAUCCAGAAACAAGGCACCCUCCAAGCCAACCCCACGCUCUCCCAAGCCAUAGUCGAUCUCGUAAACGACUGCUUCGCAUGGUCCAAAGACCAGGAAGCCGGAAAAUGGGAUAAUUCCAUACCGAGAUUCGAUAACGUGGAGGAGUUGUACAAUAUGCUAGGAGAAGAUGAGGCCAUGGGCGCUAUAGCUGUGAUGUUCGAGGAAUUGGGGGAGGAUGGGAUGGGCAGCGACAACGAUUCUACUGACAGCGGACAAACCACAUCCUCUUCCCCAACAUCCACUCUAUCAACGCACACACACAAGAAACCAGUCGCCUGCGCUGCAAACAUCCCCUGGCGCGGCGGCCACCUAAAAGAAGGCGCCGACAGCGAGACAGGCUGGGAGAUAAAAAUUGUCUGCGUACAUUCGUCCCCCGCCUACCAACGGCGUGGUCUUGCAGUGCGGCUCCUUGCAUUCCUAGAAGAUUAUCUUGUGGGGCUGGAGCGGGACGCGCUGAUGAGAGAAGGGGCUGGAGCGGGUGGGAGUGUAGAUCUUUGGAUCUUGGCAGCCGAGUGUCAGGCUGGGCCAUAUUGGAGGAGGAGGGGGUAUGCGGAUGUUAGGAGGAUGAUGGCGGGGCCGGGGGUGUGGAGUUGUAGGGAGGAGUUUGAGAUUGUGGUAUUGAGGAGGAGGUUGGAGUUUCAGAUGUAG